CUCAUGGACCUUGACGCGUACAGCAGCUUCGUCGCGCUCGACGUCGAGGCGUCGAAGCCGCUCUUCACCGCCGGCCUCAUCGCAGGCACGCAGUACGCGGACACGGAGGACGCGCCACCCCGUCGACCGAGGCACGGCCUCGAGGUGCUCAAGCGGGGCGUGCAGUUCUGGGACACGUCGAGCCUGGUGGCGCCAGUCUCGUUCGUCGCGCACCUGGGCGAUGUCCUCGCGCCCGAGGCCGCUGGCGCCCUUGCCGGCGCGCUCGCCUCCUACGGAGAGGUGGUCGCCCGUUGCAAGAGGCCGCAGUUCCACGUCGCCUGCGGCAGCAGCGACCUGCUCGCGCUCGGGCCGAAGGGAGUGGGCGCGGUCGCGCCGCUCCGGCCUGCGCCUCCCGCCGCCUCCUACUACGCCUUUGCGCCCGUCGCCGGCUGGCGCGUCCUCGUUCUCGACGCGUCCGCCGUCUCUCUUCUCGGGCACGAGCCGGGCAGCGCGGCGCACUCGCAGGCGGUGAGCUUGCUGGCGCAGGCCGUCCCGGCCGUCUCGGUUGCUGCGACGGCCGGCACAGACCUGCUCUCCCUCCCGGACCCGCUCGCGGGCGUCGAGGGCGCCGCGCGCCGCUUCCACCCUCGGGGCGGCGGCCUGGGAGAGGCGCAGCUCGGCUGGCUGCGCGAGCAGCUGUCGCUGGCGGAGGCUGCGUCGGAGCGGGCGCUCGUGCUGUGCCACCGCAGCUGCCUGAGAGACUCGUGCGUGCCGGAGGCGUUGCUCUUUGAUUGCGAUGCGGCGCUCGCGGCGCUCGGCUCGUAUGCGGGCGUGACGGCGGCGUGGAUCAGCGGCGCAGACCCUGCGGGAGGGUACGGGAGGGAUACACACGGCGUCCACCACGUGGCCCUCUGCAGCGCGGCACACUGCGCGGUCAACGAGGAUGCCUUCGGAGCGCUGCAGGUCUUCGACGGGCACCUCGCCCUGCGGAUGGUCGGGAGGCAGCCCAGCCCGGCGACGCGGCCGCAGGGGUGGCCCGAGACGCUCGCACUGCCCAAGAGCGGCAAGCUGAUCGCGGCGCCGGCCGGGGAGGGGAGCGGCGUCUUCUUCUUCUUCGUGUCGAUGUGGAUGGCCGUGCUGCAGACGCUGCUCGUCCCUAUGGAGCCCCUCUUCCGCCUCCUCACCUCCAAGGAGGACAGCCCCUCUCCCGACUCGAAGCCGCCCUCCGAAGAGCCGCACGCCGCCGGCUCUGUCGCUCUCGGCCGCGUCCCCACCUCCGGCGCAGGCACCCGCACAGCGCCGCCGCAGACGCCGCCGCCGCCGCCGCCGCAGAUGCCACCGCCGCCGCAGGCGCCGCAGCAGGCGCAACCUCCGCCUCGCGCAGGCGCGGCGGCGGCGGCCGCCGCGCAGUCUCGCCCCGUGCAUCCGGUGACGGCGCAGCUUCCCGCCGCGCAAGCCUCGGCCAAUGGAGAGGUGGAGCAGGCGGAGGAGGGGACGCUCGUCUGAGAGCGAGCAGCGAGACAUGUGAAAAGGUCAGCAGGGGACAGCAACCUGUGAGAUAGCGCCGCGCCGCCAGCCGGCUUGGUCGUGUGGAGAGGAAGGGAGGGGCGGGACGUAUAGACGAAGCGCGUGUAGCAGUUGCGUGACUCUCGAGUUCUGUUUUUCGAGCGCACUUCGCACUCGAGUUUCGUUUUGGAGAGGCCAGAGGGUUAAAA